AUGUUAAUCGGUGAAAGAACCCAUUUUUGGACAAGAGAGAUUGAGAGUAGAUUAGAAAGAAAAUUGGCUGACAUGGAAGCUCCGAAGUUCUCAAAAAGUUGUACUAUUACAGAAUGUCAAGAUCCAGGUGCACUUCCUGAUUGGCCAAUGGCUCCUGGUAAGAAUGCUGCUAAAACUACAAAUCCAUUCUGGAACAAACUGUCGGCUUCUAACCCGUUUCUGGACGACAUAGCACAACUAAGAACUAACCAGAAGAGGGAUAAUAUUUCCAUCUUAAAAGAAGAUCCCUUUCUCUUUUUUAGAGAAAUAGAAACUGGAAAUUCCUUUGAUUCCUCUGGCGAUGAACUUGAUGUUCAUCAAUUGCUCAGGAAGUCUCCCUCAAGGAAAUCUGGGAGAUCCAAAAGUGUUUCUGAACUCCUGGACAUUCUGGAUGACACAGCAUGCGCCCCUCAUAGUUUACAUAACUCCCAACAGAUCCUGGCACAAGACUUAGAAUGGCUCCAGAAUGAUCGAGAGGCUUAUAAAAUGGCGUGGUUAAGUCAGCGCCAGCUGGCCCGCUCCUGCUUGGAUUUGGAUGCCAUCAGUCAGAGUCCUGGGUGGGCCCAAACCCAAGUCGCAGAAACCACCCUGGUUUGCAAACUAACCCACCAAGGAGGAUCGGUGCAAUUGCCUGAAGGAGACAUCACUGUUCAUGUGCCUCAAGGUCACGUCGCUGUGGGAGACUUCCAAGAGGUGUCUCUCAGAGUCUUCCUUGAUCCCCCACCAAGACUCAACCAUGAUCUUUCAUGCACGAUUAGUCCACUGCUGGAAAUCACGCUGAGUAACCUUAACACAAAGGAAUCUCUUCUCCUGGAGAUGAGAAUUGGGGCUGAAGUGAGGAAAGAUCCUCUCAGCCAAGUCCGGACAGAAAUAGUGUGCUUGCAAAGUUCAUCGAAAGAAGGUCCUUUUGAUGCCUUGGACAAUUGCUACAUUUAUAAAGAUACCAUCCAAGUCAAGCUCCUCAACUUGAAUCCAGUGAUGUAUCUUGUGGUGGUAGCUCAAACUAGAGCUCUCCAAUCCUCAGCUGCCACCAUCUGGGAUUGUAUUCACAAAACUACCUCAGUUGGAAUGUAUGGCCCCAAAUACAUACACCCCAGUUUCACUGCUGUUUUCACAGUUUGUGGACACAGGUAUAUGCCUGGAAAGCUUACAAUCUCUGACAUCAAGAAGGGUAAAAACGCAUCUCCAGUGGUGUUUCAUCUCUGGGGGAAGCAUUCAUUCUCACUUGAUAAACCUCAGGAUUUAAGUAUUUCUGCAGUUUCAUGUGAUCCUAAUUUCAAAGUUAAGGUGGAUGCAGAAAAGAAAGAAAUUAAACAACAGCAGUUGGAAGCGGGUGCAGUUGUUCAUGAACAGUUUUUGUUUUCUAUAGUUGAACCCAGGGAGAUGCACUUGUUUGUUUUUCAUGUUCAAGUGGAGACUCUGAAUGGUAGUCAAGUUACCCAAUUCACGAUCACUACACCUGACCCAGCCCCAAACAUUAAAAGACUCCCAAAUCUUUCAGGUGCUUUAAAGGAUGAGAAGGAACUCAAGUCUGCUGCUUUAUUACCAACAGUGAGUAUUAAGUAUCCUAGAUUUCAAGACAGAAAGUUGAAUUUGACCAAGUAUGGAGUCACUCUGAAGUCUAUGCUACGACAAGUUAAGAUUGACUACCUCCUGGAAUAUUUCAAAGGGGACACUAUAGCUCUACUUGGAGAAGGAAAGAUAAAAGCCAUUGGACAAUCCAAAGUGAAAGAAUGGUAUGUGGGAGUCCUCAGAGGUAAGGUUGGACUUGUGCAUUGCAAAAACGUCAAGGUCAUUUCAAAGGAACAAGUAAUGUCUGUGUCAGACACAGUCUUUACAACCAAGAAUCUUCUAGAACAAAUUACCCUGCCCUUGAAAAAACUGACUUAUGUCUACUCAGUUGUAUUGACCUUGGUGACAGAAAAAGUGUGUGACUGGAAAGUUUUAGCUGAAAUUCUGGGUUACUCACACCAAGCACUGGAAGAUUUCAAUCAAAUACACACAGACCAAGAAUCAGAAAAGGUUGCUUGUGUCCUGCAGAAGUUAAAGGAAGAUUGCCAUGAUCACAGACCUACCCGGAAGUUUCUUUAUGAACUCAUUGUGGCUCUGUUGAAGAUGGAUUGUCAAGGGUUAGUGAUACAUCUGACCCAGGAGGCUGUCCUUCUGACAUCAGCUGUCAAGCUCGGAAAAGCUUGGAGGGAACUGGCUGAAAAGUUAACACGACUCACAAAGCGACAAGGCGAGGCCUUUCAGAUUCCUCAUCGUGGGAAAGCGGCAGAUGUGUCUGUGGAGAUGAUGUGGAAGCCUGCCUAUGAUUUUCUCUGCACUUGGAGCGCUCACUAUGGAACCAGCUACAGAGACGCACUGCAAGAGCUCCAGGCAGCUUUGGACGGAAUGAAACACCCCGUGACCAAACAGUGGAGAGACCUCACUGGAGCCUUAAUAUUAGUCCAUUCUUUAGAAGUCCUGAGGGCCAAUGCGUUCUCCAUGUUUGAGGAAACAUAGAAAUGAAG